AUGAAUUUUGAAAUUUCCUCGCCGAACGCCAUGUUAGUGGACGGCUCUUCGGAUAACCAACCAUCACUAGCAAAUCCCUCCUCAUUGUCUUCCUCAUCCUCAUCUCUAUUCAGUUCAUCGUCGUAUUCACCCGAUCAUAGCUUUGGCAAUUGUUUCACGAUUGAAGCACAUUUACCUCUCGUGAAAAAUAACAUCGAACAAGUUGAAAAAUUCAAACGAUUAUUAUCUCGCUUGGACAACGUAUACAAUAAUAAUAAUAAUAAUAAUAAUAAUAAUAGCAAUAAUAACAAUAACAACAAUAAUCAAAACAUGUCAACCACAACUUUACCGUUACCUUCGACAACGUCACCGCAUGUUACAGAUCGUUAUCUUUUUCGUUCGCUUUCAAAUGAUAAUCAAAACUCACGAAUAUCUGCAGCAAAGAAGAACAAAUUGUCCAAUGCACCACCAUCAUUAAGCAAGCGUUAUAAAUUUUCGUCGGCUGGCACCGAUCAAAAUAAUAACGAUGUCUACAAGUUUCCCAAUGGCCAAACGGAACAACGUUCACAUUCGACUGAUUCGGACCGAUACUAUUUCCCAACAGGCGACUCUGCGAAGAAACCUCAACAAAUAUUAACGUAUGUUCGAUCCGGUUCCGGCUUAGAGCAGCGUGCUGUUACAUUUAUUGAUGGAGCGUCAAUUUCAUCUGAUAAAGUUUCUUUACCAAUAACAAAGUCAAUACAACCUACUACUAUUGUAUCGGAUACGCCUUAUCUUUUCUCAAAGACAACAGAAUCCCAGCGACAACCAAGUAUAACAUCACCAGUCAACCCAGAAGAUGCCUGGCUAGAACAACGACAGCAACCGCAUAUUAUUUUCGAUAGUAUCACUGAUUCGUCGCCCAAUUCACAAUUAAAACGUCCACGUACAUCAAGCACAAGUCCAGAACGCCGACGCAUAUCAAAGCAUUCACCCACGCGUAUGGAUACUGUCACAUCGACAAAUGGGUCAUUGUCGACAUUGCGACGAUCACCACCAACUAAAGUGCAAAAUGUUCGCUUUGAUCCAACAUCGACACAGAAAUCAUACUUAAGUGAAGCAAAAGAACGUUUGGCAAUCAAAAAGCGUGGACGAUCACCACAAGCUUUACAACAAUCAGUUGACCGUUUAGUCUCAUCAACAAAUCAAAAAUAUCGCCAACAGCAAAUUUUCUCACCACCUGUCCCAUUUCAAUCAUCACAACAACAACAUCAAAGUUAUAUCAGUCAAUAUUAUGCACAAGAAGAAGAAGAACCUCCUAUAGAUUAUCCAAUGGAUAGCGAUGAUGACGAACCACAAAAACGUUCAACCUUGUACAAUCGCGGAUUGAACGCUAAUAGCGCACACGAGCGAAUCUUGAAACAUGUCAACGGCAGUUUGCUUGACCGGCGAUACUUAGGUGAUACCAAUCGCAUCAAACAACUGGAACAGAACGCUCAUCGUUACCUACGUUUUAUCGAAAAUCAAUCGUUACAACGUGAAUUGAAUUAUGAUUUAAUUCGAUGUUUCUCAUCCACAUAUCUCGAUGAUUUACGCCGUGAAGAAAACCGACAUUUUCAAACGCGAGUUAACAUGCGAUCAUAUACAUAUGAAGAUAUACAAGACAUUCAUAUGUCGCAAGUUCUCGAAGCUUUCAAGAUGAAACGAGCGAUCGACAAAGAAAAACGUCUCCGAUUGAGUGCAAGUUUCGAUGGACAAAUUACAUCAUCAACACCAACAUCAUCAAUUGGUGCGGGACACUUAUCGCCUCUCUCGGCUUCGUAUAGUCCAGUCAUGACUGGAAGUCUUAACGAAAAUAUUGAUGCACAAUCAGGCGGUUUUGAAAUCGAUCGUCGAUCAAUAAAAUCACAUACUUCGCAUUCUCAAACGCCAACAGCUCUUCGCACGAGUUAUGUAGCACCUGCUCAGAACUUGGACUUCUUUCAAGAUAUCAUUCAAGAAAGUUUUCGCGGUAUUGAUGCAUCCAUUGCCGGUCAUGUUUCGAAUGCAUCACAGUAUACCAAACAAAAUGCUCGCCAUCCACCAGCAACUGUAUCGCAAAUGAAACCAUUGGAUACUGACAGCGAUGUUGAAAUUAAAUCGAAUUCAUCGUUUUGGUCGGAUGAAGAAGAAGAUCAACUAUUUGAUGAUGAUCGACGUCAAACGAUUCCGCAUCAGAAACAAUUAGCACGGUAUCUAUCAACGGUCAAUCGCUCAUUACUCGAUCGGCCAAGUGAUCUGAUUGCUGAUUUUUAUAUUUCGAAAUUGAAUCGUGGUAUGCAAGAUGGCGUACGAAACGUAGAAAGCAUUGCACGUGAUAAAGCACUGAUGAGACAAAAUCACAAUCGAGAAUUUCGAGAUGAGCCAACUAAUAAACUGGGUCGAAGUUUAUCAGCUGACCAUUUGUAUCAAGUUCGAAAAGAACAUUUACGUUAUAAGCAACCGUUUCACACGCCAACGUCAUUUACAGUGGAAGAUGUGGCUGAUAUUUACAAACCAUUUGUUUUGGAAAAUUACAAACGAAAGAUUGCUAUUGAAUUAGAACGACGUCGAAGAGAAAGACAAGGACAAUUGAUGGCUGGUAUUGGUGCUUCACCUAUGUAUACAUCCGAUGCAGAUAUGGGUAGUGUAUUAAAAUCCUCGCAGCCACCCAUCAUCGAAUUGCCAAUCAAUGCCGUCGCUGAUCGCAUCUACCGUCCAUCGAGUUUAACGCAAGCUCGUGUUGUUCGUACGAACGAACAAGGAGUUCCCAUAUACGCAGACGGUUCAAAUAACGACGUGAUUGUUGUUCGACCACCGAUUGUACGAACAACCGACGUUGUCAUGGGUCGAGCACAUAGAACUCUAACUGAUGAUGGUAACACCGAUGUUGUACAUCACAUCGGUAUUGCUUCACCGCCAACGUCAUUUUCACUUGUUAAACGACCAACUACACAAAUACACAUGUCCACUACCAGCACAUCAGGUCAAUAUGAAGUACCGCGUGUAAUUACAGUCGCUCCUCCGGAUUUUCCACAACGUACUCAGACUCAUAUUCGAACUGAACGCGCUGAUGGCAAUGUAGUUCAACCACAUACAAGUGAGCUCAUCGAUGGUCCAUUAACUUCUUCACAGCAAGUGCUGUAUCAAAAUGGCGAAUACGAUCCAAGUCUACGACGACCCGUUCAGAUAAUUACUUCAAGUGAAGUUACAAUCACGUCAACACCUCGUCCACAAACCAAGAUUUAUACACCAUCUCCACCACGAGAACCUAUACGCAUAUGUCAAGCUGAUCGCAUCGAGGCUGAAUCUGGAAAUUAUGAUUUAUCUAUGGCUAAAGUGAAACCAAUUCUAACAUUAAACCAGGGUGAAAUCCGUGAACUAAAUCUCUUGGCACAGCAAGCUCAACGUUUACAGAUACCACCACAGGAUUACGAACAUGCUAUGAUUAUGAUCACACCUGAUCAACCACAACAUCAACAUGACAUUGGCCGACAACCACUUCUACUGGCUGCUGCUAAUGUUGGUCAAUUACACGAUGAAACACAGGAACAAGUGACUAACCAUUUUGAACCAGAUAUUCGACCACAAAAUACGCAAUUGAUCACUCCCAUCCCUGAACAUAUGGCUAAAGUUGAACAAGAUAUUGCCGUUUUUGAAAAUAUCUCAUCAACAAACAUUCAAACACCUUCUCGAAAUCGAUUGAACGAAGUUCCGUCGGACAGCGGUAUUGUCUCCUUAAAUACCUCGCAAGCGAGUGAACAACCUAUUGUAUUAAACGCAUCCCGUAUUCGUCUGUUAGAAACUUCCGAAGAACAUCGAUUAGAACAAUUACGCGAAGAUGAUUAUUAUCAACGACGUAUACGUGCAUUAGAUCUUCUUCGUCAAGUAGAAACAGACCCAAAUAUGAACAUUCAGCCUAUUUAUCAUACUCCAAGUCAAGUUUUUGAACACACAACACCUAUUCCGGCGUCCAAUAUUACUACUGCACAAACACGUAUUACCGACACACACCGAAUCGAUCGAAUUGAAACAUUAGAACAUACUGAUGGACCUGUUAUAUACGAAACAAUCGACCAAGAAGUUGUCCAGAGAAUUCCUCCACAACAAUAUGUGACAAGUACAGAUGUUCGACAAGAUCAGCGGACAAGUAAUCGAGCUGAAAAACAUCAAGUUAAAUGGGAAGAACCAAUGCCAGUCAAAGAGCAUCAUUCACAACAAAAUCAACUGACUGACACCACAUACGAACAUACCAGUCCAUUUACUUCUGAUCCAUAUUCUGCACGACAUAAUCUACAUUCAACAGAAGAACCUUCUCAACUUCUAUCAACAUCGAAACACACCCAAGACAAUAUUGUCUAUAAUUAUGAAGUGCCAAUGAUUGAAGUAUCUAUCACUAUACCAGCUUCAUUUUUAUGUGAAAAAAAUGAAGUUCCACUGUCUCGAACAUCAUCAUUUAGUUCGGAUCAGAACUUAAAACGUCCAACAACCGAUUCAGCACGUAUUGAAUACGAUCGUCAUAGUUUAUCAUCACUCGAUGAUAUAACUCAACCAGUAUCCUACCAUCCACCAGCACGAACACAGCACGAUCAACAUUUUAUUACUCAGGAUAUUGACGUAGAACCAAUGGCUUUACGUGAAGAAACUGCCAUUGAAAACGAAGUUUCUUACGAAGGUUCGCUUGGUCGUGCAUCACUACGUGGUCCUAUCCAAUCAUUGAAUGCCCCGAGAACGCUUGCUGAGACAAAUAUCCCGGCUUUGCUGCUCGAAGAGCUGACUACUGCUAUUUCAGCUGUCGAAGAACAGCAUGCUACACAAAUAAUGAAUAGUGGUUACGAUCCAGAGAUGUUCACAAGAAUUGAACAAGGAAAUCGAGUCUCCACUGUUGUCUACGAUACAGAUUGGAAAGAUGAACAAACCAAGACACUUACCACUGAAAUGCGACCCAACUCAGCUACGGCAGAAGAAAAACGACCAUUACGAACCGAAUAUGAACAGGCCAAAAUUCAUUCUCCCAAAGCGAUUCUUGCUCGUGAACGCUUCGAACGUAUGGAAAACAAUAAUCAGGAAACAACGGCAGAUAUCGAAACGCAAGCCCAUCAAUCCGAUCAUGUGUACGAAAGCGUUCAUUCGUAUGAUGAGCUCGUUUCAGUUGAACGUCAUACUAAUGAAUCAUACGAAGAUUCACUUCUAACCGAACGCGCAGUAGAUAAUCAAGAAAUUCUAUGUCGUCCUCUGACAAAUCAUUUGCAAAUGACUGAUGAACACGCAUCAUUGUUAUCAGAUGAUUCUCUUCACACUCAUCACCGAGAAACAACUAAUGUAAAUUUAAAUGACGUAGCUUCUUUAGAAAAUCCUCUUCGUUCUACUGCUUUUGUAACCCUAAGUUAUCCCCAUCAGAAUCAAGAAAUCAAUCCGCCAUGGCAACGGAUCGUAGACGAGCAUCUUCCCGAACAAUACCAGCAAGAAAACAUCCGACUUCAAACAGAAGAACCAUCACCACGAUAUUUACCGACGAUCUUACCCGCUGCAAAUGAACAGUCUUUGCAUGAGUCAGAGAACUAUGCCAAAGCCUUGCGGCAAGCAUCACCAGUACAUGAAUAUGUUGAUGUUCAAAGUACUGACCGCAUACAAUUAGUACCAUCUCAACAAAUCAACCAAUCACGACCGAUCUGUCGCGUUCGUCAGCAACAAGUUUCAUCAGCGGAUGAACUUGAUUAUUCAACAAUUUCCUCAAUUCAUCCUGAUCACAUUGAUCAAAUUGAUGCAUCCAUCUCAAAUCCACCGUUGAUCGACACUGUUCAUAUUCAACCACCGCCUACUGUCGUCGACAUUGAAGUUCGGGUUCGACCAACCUACUCAGACACAUCAUCACUGCCGGAUAUGGAUGCAUACUUAACUCGGUUUGAAGAUACAUUCGAACCUGAGCAACAUUUACCAUUGGUCGAUCAAAUCUCUCUCUCGUAUACGACGUCCUUUCGCUCAAAUCAAGAUAGUACACGCCGUGCUAUCGAACGUUAUGAACAAGAGCAUCCCUAUUUCAGCCGAGCUCUGCCAACAGAAUGGUUCACAUCGAAUAUCUUUCCACACGAUGAACAACUAGUCGAACAAUGGACUGUAGAGAAAAAUCUCGAAACAAUUCAACAGCAACAACAACGUCAGCAAGAACAGGUAGAGUUGAGAACUAAUACUGAGUGUGCAAAUGUUAACCUUUCUGCUGUUACUACUGAUGCUUCUUCUGUUGGUGAGAGGUUCGAAGAAGAGAAAUCGACUAGUAAUACUACCGAUACAACAAACAGUGAACAACAAAUCAAUCAAAUUGCAUCAGCGGUUAUUACGAGCCAUUGUUCACCAACAAGUGAUUAUGAAACCGAUUCACUUGACAAAGACAACGAUACAACGUCUACAACCACAAGCAUGGACGGUGGUCUAAUCGUCGCGACUACCCCAAUACAACAAAACAUACCAGAUCAAUCUACAGAUAGUAAAUCUGUUAAUGAUUUAAUUGAUACACUAGAGAACGAACAAAACGACAAGACAGAUCUUGUCAAAGAUCUCCUCUUGACACUUAGUUAUGACCAACAUGAAGCUAAAGAUAUGUAUCGUGCUAAGGAACAUGAGAUUGUUGAACAAGACGACCAUAUUCUUCCAUUCAAUUUCGAUGAUCAUCAACGUGAACUAUUAAAUAUCUUUUUCGAACCAGCUCAUUUUCAUUUACCGUUGAUCAAUGAAAUUUCCAUCUAUCAAAUCACUUUUCAUAAUGAGCAUCCAUUGUUUUCUCCUUCUUCGCCGCUUCCUCUCGCUAUCACUGAUCACAAUGAUCAUCUCCUCCUAUCCAAUGAAUGCAAAACAAAUGAACAAGAAAUACUUUCCAUUGCCGAAGUUCAGGAUCAAUCCGAUCACGAAGAAGAUCUUCAAAAUAUCACACCCAAACAUGAACAUCUAUCCUACAUCGAACAUCAUCAUAUUCAAUCAUUGUAUUCAUUUGGUGAAACUCUUUCUGUUCAUAUUGAUGAGCCACCGAAAAUCAUUGAGAAUGAAGACGAACAAUCAAUUGGAAGUAUUUUACCUGAUGUCGUACCAUCAACUGUGCCAACUCAAAGCGAGGAAUAUAUUCAUCAUGAAGCAAGAGAAGUAACUAUUUUGCCAACAGAUCCAGCAAUUGAACCAAAAGAAUUUUAUUCAUCAUUUGAUCGAACCGAAACUGCACGACAAAGCAAACACAGCUAUAAUUUAGAACGUUUAUCUGAACAAAAAUAUGUCGAAAUUAAUAUAGCCACGCCUACACCAUCAAUGCGUAAAGUUCGUCCGACACCUUCAGGUCAUUUCAUAGAAGACCUUUCGAUGGAGAACACUAUUGAUACAAGAGAAGAGAAAAUUGAGUACCAUUACAUUGAAGAUCGAGAUAAUCUUCAAUAUGCGUCUACAUUAACAAAAGAGCAUUCGGAACAUUUACCACCGAAACAUCUACCAGUCGAACAACAUCCAAAUCUGGAACGCGCACGUAUACUAUUAACAUCGGAAGCGCCAGCAAGCAAUACCAAUCAAGACGAUGAAGUUUUAAUACGGGAUACAAUUGUUCAACAUAUAAGCGAAGAUGAAAAAUCAACAUCAAGUGAAGAAGUUGUGUUUGAAGAAUGGAGCGAAGAGUUUCGUUGCCGUCGUACCGAAGUGUAUGAUCAGCAAACACAUAAAUUAUUGCGUACAACUAUUGAUGAAACAAGUGAACGUGUUAAAAGUGAUGUUAUCAAAGAAGAAUACAAAGAGAAAAACGAACGCAUCAAAGGACAUAAAAGCUAUGACGUUGUUAAAGAAGUUUAUCGACGUGUACCAGCAAACACAGUCGAGCCAGGCCGGGCAACGAUUGUUAGUACUGUUGAUAAUUCUCAAAGUCAUCUAUACGAGGAAAUAGCGCAAGUCCCAUCUUCGGUACGACCAACAACUUCAUCAGCCAAUGAUCAAAGAAUAGUUAUUGAACAUAAACCAGGUAACGAUCAAUGGACAUCAGAAGAUAUCUACACAACCGAAAUUGUUUAUGAUGCUAAACUUGCUCGAGAUAUUGAAUCCUCGACUCAUCUCGAUCGUUCCAGUGCGCGAUUCGAUUCGAGAACUCCAACGCCAACACCACCACCACCAUCAACCAAUUAUGAUCGUGUUCGUAUAGGGCAAUAUCCACCUAUACCAUCUGCAAAUCAAGCAACCAUAUCAACGGUACCAUCAUCAAAUUAUGACCGUAUAUCUAGCAUUGCAACAACUACUACCACACAUUUGCCUGAACGACGUCCUACAGAACGUGAAGAACAUGUUAGUGAGGAGUAUGAAGUCGAAUUCGAACGUCGUCACUUAGAUCGACGUUCACCGUUCAAUCAACAUCAAACAACAAAUAUUGGUACUCGACAAGGACGCGAUGAAACAUCCGAGGAAGAGGUUUCCGAUCCGUACGUCAUCACUGGUGAUAAUACAUAUUCUGGAUUAACAGCAAUCGUUAACGAAGCUGGCCAACGACGAAACUCAGAUUGGAGACAGAAACUCAAAGAAGUCUACACGCCAGCAUCUGACGACGAACGAUUUGAUCAGACUGCUCGUUCGCGCGAAACAACAAAGAAAGUGAUUUCAGUCACUCGUACCGAUGAUGAACGACCACAACCUCCAAGACGCUCGUCAUCAUCUUCAUCCAUUAUUGACGAUCGCCGAACUCGAUUCGAACAGCAACAACAAUUCGACAGUUCAAGUGGCUUUAGUACCAAUGUCAGCGAUCGACCUACAUUUGGUCGAGUAGGUGAACUCAAAACUGCAUUUGAAUCAUCCACAACAACAAGUACAAGAGAUGAUAGUUCAAAAUUCCGAUCAACGACAACACCUGGACUAAUCGAACAACGUCGACGCCUAUUCGAGGAUCAAGAACAAACCAAUAAAGAAUGGUCAGCAACAAAUCGUCGACCGGUUGAUGAAUUUUCAUCAAAUGAACGUCGCAUGAGUGAAACUCAUACUACACCGUCACGUGUUAGUGCGAUUAAAUCAACAUUGGAAUCAUCAACAACUAGACAACCUGAACCUUUGCCUGUGUCUCAUACUAAAGUCGAUGUAACAAUUAAAGAAAAACGAACGAUUUCUUCUGUUGAUUCAGAUGGUAGUGGAGCAUCACCACCUAUUCAUCAAAGCACACCAAAACCAACAAAACAAAAACUAGAGGACGAUGCUGGUCAUGAAAGUGAGGAUGAACUAAGCGAUCUAACAAAUAAACAAGAGCAAUAUCGUCGACAAUCGAAAACACGUCUACGAGACUUCUCACAAAGCACAGCUCAAACAGUUGAUUCAACAUAUCUUAAUCAACGAACAAAACCGUCGUUCAAUGAAACCAACAUGGAAAGUAUUCUUUCACAUGUACCGGCAAGUAAAGGCAAAGGUCUCCUAAUUGAACUUUCACCACAUAUCUCUCAUGAAUCACCAAUCACAAGCACAACAACGACAAAAGCCGUUCGUGAUACACAUAAGUUGGUGACAGGUUCUGAUUCGGGCAUUUUCGAAUACUCAACAGCAACAAGUCAACAACCACCUGCAGCUUCUUCGUCGUCAUGGCGUAACAAUGUUUCAUUCUCAGUCAAUGAUGAUGCGAAUCAUUCACAAACAGUUCGCGACAGUGGUGUCUAUCUUGACUCAACAGCUGGCAGCCAACGCUUUGGCCGACGACAACCUUCUGAUACUGAUCAAACAACAAUUCACGGCGGAGAUGAUUCAGUUUCACGCUCAACAUAUCGAUAUGAAACUGAAAUCAUUUCCACUGAUCAGUUGAAUCAACAUCAACCACCGCCACGUAACGUUCGUCCAACAGUUCGUUCACCAAUAUCGGAUUACGAAACAAUUGCUAACUACCAUAGUGGAACAGGUUCUCAACGUCGAGUUCCGGUUACAACUGAAUCACGUACUAUUCGACCAAAACCAUUAAUUGUCGAUGAAAUUGAAACGAUAGAAACAGAAACACGUGUCGAAUGUCAAGUACAACGUACGCAUGAAAUAAAAGAGUCAACUACAAAAACCGAACGAUCAAGUAGUCCAGGAGCAGCGAAAAAGAUUAUUACUACAACAACAACUACGACAACAACAACUGCUGCACCCACGAUCCGCUCGCCAGAAAGUCUAUCGGAUGAAAUCAUUCGUACGACAACACCCUCAAAACGAGUCCUACUCAAUGAACGACCUCAGUACUAUGAUUCGAAUAAAAACUAUGAUUCACCUAUUGCUAUUCGUUCACGACCUGAAUCAACCUAUACACCAACAAAAGAAGUUCGCCAACAAACUCAAACCUAUCGUGAAAGUGGUAUUCGUGAACAUCGUUUGGACUCUCCUCAGUCGGAUGUUAUCUCCUACACCUUACCACCCUCUUCAUUCAUACAACAAGGUGAAUCCGGACGUGUGGAAGAAACUUGGUUUAAACCAAUUCAACAUGAUCGUUCACAAGAUAGUCAGCGUCAAAGUCCAUCGUCUCGAUCAAACGUUCGUACAUUGAGCGCUGGUCCACGUGCCGUUGAAGUAACAUCAUUGAGUCCACAGAAUCAAGUCACAUUUGGUAAAUACUCUCCAAAUCAAAUUAUUGCCAUUGUACGUGUACCUGAACUCUCCAAUGGCAAUAAUAAUGCUCGACCUAGUCCACCAAUACGACAUGGAACAAGCGAACCUGAACUGUACGUGCGAGCCAAACAAGAAGCAGCAGAAGAACAGCAGCAACAGCAACGUUCACGUUUACAAUACCAACGCGUUCAAGCAAGCAGCUAUCGUCCACCAUCGAUCACUCAAGAAUAUCAACAAAGACAAAGUCGAUCACGCACUGGUCCGUAUGAAAUUACAAAUGAAUAUUCAUCUCCGGUAGGAGCCCAUACACGUUCGUCAUCAUACCAUUCAGCUUUACACGAUCAAGACAGCCAACAGCAACAAGAUCGCGAUGAAUAUCCACAUUCUUCUCACUCCGGAACGGCUUAUCGUCGUCAACCACAACGUCGUAGUGGCAGUCUCGGUACUCUUCUCGGACCAAAUAUUGAAUUUGAAAUUGAGAUCGAAAAACGUCCACCACAACAACCUGAACAACCAACGGUAGUUUCACUCGAUCAACCUACACGAGCCAUCGUCACCUCAUCAAAAGAUGGUCGAGUGUCUAUUCGAAAUGUCGCUGCACGUCCAGGAAAUACACUUGUGAUCAAUAGUGAUUUUCAUGCAUCCGAUCGCUCAUUAAAUCGUUCAUCUGGCUACUUUAGUUCGGAAGAAUUGCGUUCCCAGGGUCUGAAUACAAAUUACUCGAGCGAUGAACAAUCAAGUGGUGCUGGUGCCAAUCAGAAUCAACAUUCUCAAUCAUCCAACACACCAUCGUCGAUGCACGCACGACGUUAUAAAAAUAAUGAGCAAGGUUUUUCAAAGCUUCCAUCACACUAUCGCCCAAAACAGCAGAAUCAUUAUCAACAAUUAAAUACUGAAAAUUUCGAUCAGGUUAAUCGCAUUGUUAAUCGUUAUUCACGACAAUCAAAUACCGCAGCUGGUUUCAACGACGCUAUUGAUCAAAUCGAUGCACUCUACAAUAAUCUUGAUGUUCAAACCAAUGAAGAUUAUAUUAUGAGAAGCAAUCCAACAACAACAACUCCUCCAUCUACAUAUGAUUUCUCCCAGCCAACAUCUGUAACCAAUCGUCGUAAAUACUUAUCACAAAAUGCUAAUGAUUAUUCGAAACGUUAUUCCUCAACUGGCUUUCAACAUGUUCCAGCUCAACACGAACAGGAAAUCAUCACAAGUAAUACAAAUUCACGACAUCUUGUUUCGCCGCCAACAACAUUCAGUUCGGAAAAACGUCAUUAUGAUACACAUCGAGCACUGAGUGAUAACGAAAACUUGAACAGUGUCAAUGAACACAAUCGUCGAUGGGGCUCAACAUCAUUAAAUGAUCUUGUUAUGGCAACACCAAUACGACCUUCACAAUCAUUAUCAUCAUCAGGCAUCUUAGCUGAUUAUGCUACACCUGGCUCUGUCAGUCCGAAUUCCGGUUUUGGAUCAACGCAAAAUGUUAUCCUUCAACAAAAUCGUUUGAAUGCACAAUCACAAAUCGUGCAACGUAAUCGAACGUCAGUCAAACAAAUGAAACAAAAGAGUGCAGCGAAGAAACGAACGGGAGGCAAUCAGGGGCAAUAUAGCGAUGAAGAAGAUGAUAAUGAUUCUCUUGGUGACCAUGAUUCACCACUGUCGGAUACUGGCCGUCCACAACCACCAACUCGAUCAUCUAACCGUCAACAAUAA